AUGAGAGGGGCCGUUCUUGCGCUAUCCAUUUGUGCGGCAGCCUUACUAUCUUCCGUGAUUGCCAUGUCAGCGUUGGUUUAUAAUCUCUAUUUUGUGUUAAAGAAGACCAGAAAGCAACUAGACGACGCAAACAUCACUGAACUAAGCCCAUGGAAGGUUUACCACAUUUACCUCAUGGUGCAUGAUCCUCAAACCUGGACCAAAAACAGAAACAUUACUUAUGGCCAUGCUGAGAUACAAGACUCCGAGAACCACUGCACCUAUAAUCUCUAUUCCUGUCCUUAUUUCAAAAUUAAGGGAUUUAACAAGGCAACGAAUGAGUUUUGUGAUAUCGGGAAUUUAGAAACGGAUGUUGUUGCCGUUAAGGGUGCUAGUAAAAUCAUACUUACUGGGGUUAUAGUUGAUGAAAGGUGCUUGCGGGGAGGGGCUAGCCGUCCACUUGUAAAAAUGAGGUUACCAACAAUACCGAUUCCUGUGGAUCCCCUGGACGGGUCGGAGGGCAUAAAGGACCCAUGGGUUGCCUUUAGUAGAUGA